CGGUGGCGGCGGAAUGGCCGGAGCGGCGGGGCCCGAGGGGGACACGCUGGUGGCGCGGGGACCGGGGAGCGGGGGAGGCCGCACCCGCGGAAGCAAUUGGUCUGGGAGUCUCAUUUUAGCCUCUUUGACUGGUGCUUUUGGGUCAUCUUUUCUUUAUGGUUACAAUCUCUCGGUGGUGAACGCUCCUGCAGUGUAUAUCAAGAAGUUUUACAAUGAAACUUGGCAGAGCAGAUACGGCUUCUCAGUGAAUGAAAGCACUCUGACACUGCUCUGGUCCAUAACUGUUUCUAUUUUUGCCAUUGGUGGCCUUGUGGGUGCCAUUAUUGUUACCCCAAUUGUGAAGUUCUUCGGACGGAAAUGUACGUUGCUGCUCAAUAAUGUGUUUGCAGUGACAGCUGCGUUGUUGAUGUCCCUCUCCUUGCUGGCAGGGUCGUUUGAAAUGCUCAUACUGGGCCGCGUUAUCAUGGGUGUUGAUGCAGGAAUUUCCUUAAGUGCCCUUCCCAUGUAUUUGAGUGAAAUAUCUCCUAAGGAAAUCCGUGGUUCAUUGGGUCAGGUCACAGCAAUUUUCAUCUGCAUUGGCGUUUUCACUGGUCAAGUUUUAGGGCUGCCAGAAAUAUUUGGGCAAGAAUCUCGGUGGCCUUAUUUAUUUGGAGCAAUCGCUUUUCCUUCGUUGAUACAAGUCGUGAUUCUACCUUUUCUUCCUGAAAGUCCUCGUUACCUCCUACUUGAAAAGCAUAACACAAGUGAGGCAGAAAAAGCAUUUCAGAGAUUCCUUGGGAAAGAUGAUGUUUCUCAUGAAAUAGAAGAAGUUUUGGCAGAGUCUCGAGUCCAAAGAAACACCAAGUUAGUGUCGAUACUUCAGCUCCUGAGAACCCGCGCUGUGCGAUGGCAGGUCGUUACCGUGGUCGUCACCAUGGGCUGCUACCAGCUCUGUGGGCUAAAUGCUAUCUGGUACUACACAAACAACAUCUUCAGUGAAGCUGGGAUCAGUCAUGAAACAAUUCCCUAUGUUACGCUAAGUACUGGUGCUGUUGAGACUUUGGCUGCUGUUUUUUCUGGCUUGGUUAUUGAACGGCUUGGGCGCAGGCCUCUUCUCAUUGGAGGUUUUGGGUUGAUGGUUGUCUUCUUCUCCGUACUUACUGUCUCCCUGACUUUACAGAACACUGUGCAUUGGCUUCCUUACCUCAGUAUAUUUUGUAUCCUUGCAAUCAUUGCAUCAUUCUGCAUUGGACCAGGUGGCAUUCCAUUUGUCCUCACUGGAGAGUUUUUCCAGCAGUCCCAGAGGCCGGCUGCAUUCAUGAUAGCUGGAACAGUCAACUGGCUCUCCAACUUCACAGUCGGACUGCUCUUCCCUUUCAUUCAGGCUGGUUUACAGACCUACUGCUUCCUAGUGUUUGCUGCCAUCUGCUUUGCGGGAGCGACCUACCUGUUUUUCGUCCUGCCUGAAACAAAAAAUAAGACAUUUUAUGAGAUCAGCCAGGCAUUUGCCAAAAGGAAUAAAGUAACUUUAGAAAUGCAAGGAAUGAACCACUACGCAGGGGAGAGGAAAUCGAGUGCAGAACAAGAAUCUGACUUCCCAUCUUCAGUGGACAAUGGGGAAACCAAAAAAGGAAUUGUGUAAAAUCAGGAUACUCUCUCAGAGGAUGAGGGAAAACAUGCUCUUUUCAUUUAUAGCAGUGCACAACCUGUAUUUUUUAUGUGGCAUUGUGAACUGCUUCUCCCUUGAAUAUGGUUAAAGUGAAUAUGGGUAAAUUUAUUAGCAGCUGGGGUGAUGGUUGAGGCAACGAGAGGUAGGAGUAUGGAAUCAACUGGCUUGGAAAAGACCUCCGAGAUCAUCAAAUCCAACCC